AUGACAGAGAAACCUUUACCUUUCAUCUACCAGUUUGGUGCUGGCGCCAUUGCUGGUGUCUCAGAGAUUCUCUUGAUGUACCCACUAGAUGUCGUCAAGACAAGAGUACAGCUCCAGGGCAAAGCACCCGUACCCGGUCAAGAUUACUACACGGGCAUGGCAGAUUGCUUCCGAAAGAUCGUCAAGAAUGAAGGACCAGCUCGUCUCUACCGAGGAAUUGCAGCACCCAUCAUGAUGGAAGCACCCAAGCGAGCCACCAAAUUCGCAGCCAACGACUCCUGGGGCAUCUUCUACCGACGGUUGUUCAACGUGGAAAAGCCCACCCAACCGCUCGCCAUCCUCACAGGUGCUACCGCUGGUGCCACUGAAGCCUUCGUUGUCGUUCCUUUCGAGCUCGUCAAGAUCCGCAUGCAAGACCCCGCCUCCGCCAGCAAAUACUCAGGUAUCGCUGAUUGUGUGCUCAAGACGGUCAAGAAUGAAGGUCCUCUCGCUCUCUACAACGGUCUCGAAUCCACUUUGUGGCGUCACAUCCUCUGGAACGCUGGUUACUUCGGCUGCAUCUUCCAAGUCAAGCAACUCUUGCCCAAAGCAGACAAAAAGGCAGAGCCCACCAAGGCCAUGCUCAUCGAUUUCACCUCGGGUGCCAUCGGAGGCACUGUCGGUACAAUUCUCAACACCCCCAUGGACGUCGUCAAGAGUCGGAUACAGAACACCAGCAAAGUCGUUGGUCAAGUCCCCAAGUACAACUGGGCAUGGCCUGGUCUCGGAACGAUCAUGAAGGAGGAAGGUUUCGGCGCGCUCUACAAGGGCUUCAUCCCCAAGGUUCUCAGAUUGGGGCCAGGUGGCGGUGUCUUGCUCGUCGUCUACACUGGCGUCAUGGAUUGGUUCCGAAAGAUGGGUGCCAAGCCUGUCGAGUAG